AUGACCGAUAACUCGAGUGCCAACGAACGUUUUGUUGUAAGUGACAUAUCGUGACGUCUAUUUAAUUAUAAGUAAUGUGCUAAUCAAAAAUCUCGAGUAACGCACGGUUAUAACACGAAGUGAUCUAUCGAAUUUUCAGGAGUUGUCCUGGAACGAAUCGGAAAAAAGCACAGUUCUGAGUUCGUUCUAUUGGGGCUACUUAAUCACUCAAGUAUACGCUGGACAAAUGGCACAUAUAUAUGGAGGCAAAUACUUUUUAGCCGGCGCUGUAGGAAUAAGUGGUGUUUUAACAAUAAUCACUCCGUGGUCGGCAAUACACGGUGAUGUACCAGUAAUGUGCGCCAAUCGUAUGAGCCAAGGAAUGGCACAAGUAAGAUUAGUUUAGAAUAAUAAGGUAUUGUAAAUUUGAAGGUCAUUAUAUUUGUUGAAUAUAUAAUGUAGAAAAAAAAUGAAAUCACUACGAAAAAUACGUUUUAACAUUAUUCCUUACAGUUUUUCCCCAAUUUAAAAACUUUAAAAAAUGAUUUUUUACUUAGAAAUUGAUUAGAAAUCCGGAUUAUCAUUUAAUUAAAUGCUCAUAAUUUAAGUAUUUAUCAAUUAAAAUUUCUCUAAUGGACUUAUACGAUAUAAUAGAAAGCUAUGCAAUUUCAAUUUUUUUAAUUCAGCCAUGAUUGAAAUUUUACUACAAGCAAUUAUUGCAUACAUAAAUCAUUUUUCCAAUUUAAUUCAAUAAAAUCGCUUAAAAAAAGCAUGAAGUGUUCACAUAAGCCGUAUAAUAUUAUUUUAGGUAUUUUUAUUUUAUAGAAUCAAUACUAAUCAAUACUAAUUCCUAGGUAGGAAUAUAGGUAGACUAUAUUUCCAUACUUUUUUAUUACCAUAUAGCUUUUACAUUGAGGUACGCACAAUGUACACAAAAACUGCUCAAUAAAUUUGUCAAAUUUAUCUAGAUGUUAAAUUUGAAUUAUUUUUUUAUUUCGUGAAUUUUAUUAUUUAAUAAUAAUUAUAAUAAUAAUAAUAAUGACAAAUAAUGUUACGAUACAAUAUUAAAAUACCAAAAACGUUUUUUUUAGGGUUUUAUAUAUCCUGCGAUAAACGUUUUACUUUCGAAAUGGGUACCGAAAUCUGAAAAAAGCCGUUUGAUUUCAUUUGUGUUUAGCGGCCAAAUAUUCGGUGCGUUGACUAUGUUUCCCAUGGCAGGACAUUUGGCAGGUAGCGCAGGAGGGUGGCCGGCUAUAUUUUAUGUAGGCGGCGUUUUAGCACUAGUUUGGGCACUUAUAUGGUCUUUAAUUGGAGCCAACAGCCCAAGAGAACACGAAAGUAUAAGUGAGGCAGAAAGGGAAUUCAUUAUUAGCUCGUUGAAUAAUACAACAUCGAAAAAGGUAAAUAAAUAAUACCUUGAAAAACGUAGUUAACUAUUUAAUGUUUUUUUUUUUUUUUUUUUGCAGCCUUUGAAGAUUCCGUGGGAAAUGAUAAUAAAGUCAACGCCUUUGUGGACGCUUAUUAUUGUACAUAUGGCGCAAAACUGGGGCUUCUGGAUAUUACAAACGAACAUUCCUAUUUAUAUGAAUUAUGUACUCAACUUUAAUGUUGAACCGGUAACAAUUCACAACAAAUAAAUAAUGAUGCUCAUAUUAUAAAGUUAUUAAUUUAAUAUUAAUCGACACUUAUUUAGACCGGUUUUUUAACCAUAAUGCCAUAUUUGGUCGCGUGGAUCUCAAUUAUUAUAUUUUCCUGGAUCAGUGACUACAUCAACAGUCACAGUUUUAUGUCAAACACGAAUCAGAGGAAAAUGUGGAAUAGUAUAGCUCAUUGGAGUGGAGCUUUAGUACUGAUAUCAUUAUGUUUUAACACAUCGGCAACAGGAGCAAUGAUUUUGUUGACUAUUGCUCUAAGCCUAAACGGUGGUAUCAUUACUGGUUUUAUGGCCAACCAUAUGGAUUUGGCUCCUAAUUUUGCGGGCAUAUUAAUGGGUAUUACUAACAGUUUAGCCAAUAUAACGACUAUAUUGGGACCAUUGAUAGUUGGAUUGAUAAUAAGAGACAAUGUACGUUUCGUUAUUUUCAAUAAAAUUAAAAUAUGAAUGCAUAUAAAUUAUUUUUCAUUCUAGAAUAACAGUGAUCAAUGGGCUGUUGUGUUUUUAAUCUCAGCUGGAAUCUUCUUCACAGGAAACUUAAUUUACAUUUUAUUUGGAAGUGCUGAAAUUCAAUCGUGGAAUGAUUCACAAAAAACUAACGAAACACAAACCAGAAACAAUGACGAAAACCCAUAAACUUGUAAAAAGCGUUUUUUUUUUUUUUUCAAUUAUUUUAAUGGAAUCACUGUAAGUUUUUUUAAUUCAAUUAUAACUUGUGUAUUUUACUAUUUUCGAUAAUAUUAUUUAUUUACAAAAUUUGACAAAAUAAGUAAUCUAUAAUUGACUAUGAUCUAAAAUUAAA